GCCCUUCGGCCUCAGUGUCAGGCGGAGAGAGAGACCUGCAGAGCGAGGCAUCAUGGGAUACGGGGCUGGACGUGAUAAGUAUGAGCCCGCGGCUACCUCUGAACAUGGAGCCAAAAAGAAGGCCAAAGGGAAAGCGAAGGAAAAAGACAUGGACGAGUUGAAAAAGGAAGUAACGAUGGAAGAACACAAGAUGAACAUGGAUGAGCUGCACCGCAAGUUUGGGACAGAUCUUCAGAGGGGUCUGACCACUGCACGUGCAGCUGAGAUCCUGGCUCGAGAUGGUCCCAAUGCACUAACUCCUCCCCCCACCACUCCAGAGUGGGUGAAGUUCUGCCGCCAGCUGUUCGGUGGGUUCUCCAUGCUUCUCUGGAUUGGAGCCAUACUUUGUUUCCUUGCAUACGGUAUUCAGGCUGCAACGGAAGAGGAGCCACAGAAUGACAAUCUCUACCUCGGUGUUGUCUUGUCAGCUGUCGUCAUCAUCACUGGUUGCUUCUCCUAUUACCAAGAAGCAAAGAGCUCAAAGAUUAUGGAAUCCUUUAAGAACAUGGUGCCCCAGCAAGCUCUCGUAAUCCGAAACGGCGAGAAGAUGAGCAUUAAUGCUGAGGAAGUGGUUUGGGGUGACUUAGUGGAAGUCAAGGGAGGCGAUCGGAUACCAGCUGACUUGCGAAUAAUCUCCGCCCAUGGCUGUAAGGUGGAUAACUCUUCGUUAACAGGAGAAUCUGAGCCACAGACUCGCUCACCAGACUUCACUAAUGAAAAUCCCUUGGAGACCAGGAACAUUGCAUUUUUCUCAACUAACUGUGUUGAGGGCACUGCUCGUGGUAUUGUUGUUUACACUGGUGACCGUACAGUCAUGGGACGUAUUGCCACACUGGCUUCUGGUCUGGAAGGUGGGCGCACCCCCAUUGCCAUUGAGAUUGAGCACUUUAUUCAUAUCAUCACCGGUGUGGCGGUCUUUCUUGGGGUCUCUUUCUUCAUCCUGUCACUCAUCCUGCAUUACACCUGGCUGGAAGCUGUCAUCUUCCUCAUCGGGAUCAUUGUAGCCAACGUGCCAGAGGGUCUUCUAGCCACUGUCACUGUCUGCCUUACACUAACUGCCAAGCGCAUGGCACGCAAGAACUGUCUGGUCAAGAACCUGGAGGCUGUUGAAACCUUGGGGUCUACUUCCACAAUCUGCUCUGACAAGACCGGAACACUGACUCAGAACCGGAUGACGGUGGCACAUAUGUGGUUUGAUAACCAGAUUCACGAGGCUGACACCACAGAGAACCAAAGCGGUGCCUCGUUUGAUAAAACCUCCCCCACAUGGACAGCGCUCUCUCGCGUGGCUGGUCUGUGUAAUCGAGCUGUGUUCCAGGCUGGGCAGGAAAAUACCCCCAUCCUAAAGAGAGAUGUUGCUGGAGACGCGUCCGAAUCUGCUCUCCUGAAGUGUAUUGAGCUGUGCUGUGGAUCUGUCAGGGAAAUGAGAGAAAAGAACCAAAAAUUGGCUGAAGUUCCUUUCAACUCCACCAACAAAUACCAGCUGUCUGUACACAAGAAUGCCAAUCCUUCAGAGAGCCGCCACCUGCUAGUGAUGAAGGGCGCCCCGGAGCGAAUCCUUGACCGAUGCUCUACAAUCUUGGUGCAAGGCAAAGAGCAACCUUUGGAUGAGGAGUUGAAAGAUGCCUUUCAGAACGCAUACCUGGAGCUUGGGGGCCUGGGAGAGAGGGUGUUGGGUUUCUGCCACCUGGCCCUGCCAGACGAUCAGUUUCCUGAUGGGUUUCAGUUCGAUUCGGAAGAGGUUAACUUUCCCACCGAGGACCUGUGUUUUGUGGGCUUGAUCUCUAUGAUUGAUCCUCCCCGUGCAGCUGUGCCAGAUGCUGUUGGCAAAUGCCGUAGUGCUGGGAUAAAGGUUAUAAUGGUUACUGGUGACCACCCAAUUACUGCAAAAGCCAUCGCUAAGGGUGUGGGCAUCAUCUCCGAAGGUAAUGAGACUGUGGAAGAUAUUGCAGCCAGACUCAACAUUCCUGUGAACCAGGUUAAUGCAAGGGAUGCCAAAGCUUGUGUUGUGCAUGGCUCGGACCUGAAGGACAUGAGCGGUGAGCAGAUCGAUGAUAUCCUGACACAUCAUACAGAAAUUGUGUUCGCCAGAACCUCUCCACAGCAGAAACUAAUCAUCGUAGAGGGCUGUCAGAGACAGGGUGCCAUUGUGGCAGUGACAGGUGAUGGUGUGAAUGACUCCCCAGCUCUAAAGAAGGCAGAUAUCGGUAUUGCGAUGGGUAUUGCUGGCUCUGACGUCUCCAAGCAAGCAGCUGACAUGAUCCUCCUGGACGAUAACUUUGCUUCCAUUGUUACUGGAGUAGAAGAAGGACGUCUGAUCUUUGACAACUUGAAAAAGUCUAUUGCUUACACCCUGACCAGUAACAUUCCAGAAAUCACACCUUUCCUUAUCUUCAUUAUUGCCAACAUCCCACUGCCCCUGGGCACCGUCACGAUCCUCUGUAUUGAUCUGGGAACUGACAUGGUCCCCGCCAUCUCACUGGCUUAUGAACAGGCAGAAAGUGACAUCAUGAAACGCCAGCCCAGAAACCCGAAGACUGACAAGCUGGUGAACGAGCGUCUGAUCAGUAUGGCAUAUGGGCAGAUAGGUAUGAUCCAGGCUCUCGGUGGCUUCUUCACAUACUUUGUGAUUCUGGCAGAGAAUGGCUUUUUGCCCUGGACACUGCUCGGGAUCAGAGUGAACUGGGAUGACCGCUGGAUGAAUGAUGUGGAAGACAGCUAUGGGCAGCAAUGGACUUACGAACAGAGGAAGAUUGUGGAGUUCACCUGCCACACGUCGUUCUUUGUCAGUAUUGUGGUCGUCCAGUGGGCGGAUUUAAUUAUCUGUAAGACCAGGAGGAACUCUGUAUUCCAGCAAGGCAUGAAGAACAAGAUUCUGAUAUUUGGGCUCUUUGAAGAAACUGCCUUGGCUGCCUUCUUAUCAUACUGUCCUGGGAUGGACGUAGCUCUUCGUAUGUACCCACUCAAGCCUACUUGGUGGUUCUGUGCCUUCCCAUACUCGCUGCUUAUCUUCAUAUACGAUGAAAUCCGUAAAUUAAUCAUUCGUCGCAGCCCAGGCGGCUGGGUGGAGAAAGAGACUUAUUAUUAAAGCCUUUUGGUUUGUCCUAACAUUUCACAUAAUUUCCUGCCCUCUGCUCCCCACCCCUCAGUCUGCCUGCACCCACUCCUUCCCUGCGUGCACCUGUCUGGCUGCCUGUUCCCGUGGAAGACUUGCAUUUUGGAGAGGGGCGCAUUGUCGCCUGUGUGCGUCCUGUACAGAGUUUUCAUUGUGCCUUUUCUGGUUUCGUUUUUGUAAAGGAGCACGUCUGAAGAGAUGUUUUAUAUAGCUGCAUUUUUACAAAUAAUAAAAGCUGGUUUGAAAGGUU